AUGUUGACACCCCAGCUCGUGGUUGCCGAACACUCCAAACCCCCCAAUUCAAGUUUACCCACAAUGGACGGGGAAUCGGCCUUGAAAGGUGAAAAAAGCGGCGAUGAACUGGGUCACUCUCGUUCGCACUCUCAUUCUUGCUCUAGGUCAGAUAUGCAGGAUAAUGCUUUUGCGCGCGUUAAUCGUCCCGCUACGAGUACGAGCGAGGACCCACACACCAGUGACAGCGCUGCAGAAAAGCGGUUAUCACGACGUUCUCGUUCUCGAUCGCGAUCGUUGGAGCGGAGCUGGUCUUUGAAUGAUGGUAUGAGUAUUGGUGGUGAUGAAUUUGAAGGGGAGGCCGAUGAGGCGGGUCAAGAUACCGUGGGUGAUGGAUAUACCGUACGCUGGGAUGAGAAUGAUCCUAUGAAUCCGCGAAAUAUGAGCUUUGCUAGGCGGUGGAUGAUUGUCAUUAUUGUCUCGUCGGGAUCUCUUUGCGUGACUUGUACUUCAUCCAUGUACACAACAACAUACACACAACUGAUGGCUGAGUUCGACUGUUCGCAAGAAGUCGCAACGCUAGGCUUGUCGUUUUUUAUUUGGGGGCUCGGCAUCGGUCCCCUUGUUCUCAGUCCCUUAUCAGAAUUUUAUGGAAGAAGAAAUAUAUAUAUUGUCUCCUUCUCGCUCUUCCUUGUUUGGCUUAUCCCGUGUGCUGUUGCGAAAAAUAUCGAAACAAUGCUGGUCUGUCGCUUUUUGAAUGGCUUGUCUGGAAGUGCUUUUCUGAGUGUGGCUGGUGGAACGGUGGGCGACAUGUUUGAUCGACAAGAUCUUGCAUUUCCCAUGAUGCUAUAUACCGCGAGUCCAUUCAUUGGGCCUGAAGUCGGUCCUCUGGUCGGUGGUUUUAUAAAUAAUUUUACUAACUGGCGAUGGACAUUCUAUGUCUUGCUCAUCUGGACUGGGGUGUUGCUUGUGUCGAUGGUCUUUCUUGUCCCAGAGACAUAUCAUCCAGUGCUUCUGAGACACAAGGCGCAAAAGCUUCGCAAAGAGACUGGAGAUGACCGAUACAUCGCUCCCAUCGAGAAGCUUCAUCGCUCUGUGGCACAAACCGUGAUGCGAUCUAUGUACCGGCCCCUCCUUCUUUUAACGUUAGAGCCGAUGUGCUUGAGUCUCUGCUUGUUCUCUGCAAUCUUGCUGGGAAUCAUAUAUCUCUUCUUCGGGGCCUUCCAAUUGGUCUUCGACAAUGUUUAUGGGUUUCAACUCUGGGAACGUGGCCUGUGCUUCAUGGGUCUAUUCGUCGGCAUGGUGCUUGCUAUACUCUCGGAUCCUAUAUGGCGUCGCAACUAUGAGCGUCUGGAGCGAAAUUAUCAGGCACAGACAGAUACCGAUGAUUUUCAGCCAGAGUGGCGUCUGCCUCCAGCAAUUCUGGGUGGGCCGCUCGUCACAGUUGGGCUCUUCAUUUUCGCGUGGACAAUCUACUCUGAUGUGCAUUGGAUUGCUGCUAUCAUUGGCAGUGGGGUAUUUGGGGCUGGGGUCAUCCUGGUCUUUGCGGGCGUCUUCACAUUCCUGGUCGAUGCUUAUCCAACCUUUGCCGCAAGUGCUCUCGCCGCGAAUAGCUUUAUGCGUUCCAGCUUUGGAGGGAUUUUUCCCCUCUUUGGUAUCCAAAUGUAUAACAACCUUGGGUACCACUGGGCAACUUCGCUACUGGCCUUUCUGACCCUUGCCAUGCUUCCUUUCCCGUAUAUUUUCUUUCGAUACGGAAGUCGGAUCCGAAAGAAGAGCCGAUUUGCUGCCCAGCAAUUCUAA